AUGGCAUCGGAACACACUGUGACCAAGGUCCUGCUGGAGUGGAUCAACAGCUUCUCCCUGGGCAAGACUCUUCGGACUAUCGACGAGCUGACCGAUGGAAUUAUUCUCUGGGAGAUUCUCCAAGACAUCGAUCCCCAAUAUUUCCUCGAGGAGAUCCCAGAGCGCAACGCCUCGGACCAUUGGGUGGCCAAGUGGCAGAAUCUCAAGCACAUCCACAAACUACUGCUCAACUACAUUCGACACCAGAACGAUGAUACCUUGCCCUCCGGCCUCGAUCCUUCCCCCGACCUCGAAUCGAUCGCCGAGAAGGGAUCAGGGAAGGAGACAAACAAGUUGCUGAAGCUUCUCCUGAUCGCAGCCAUCAGCUCCCCUAACGCCGGAACGUACGUGCAGACACUUCAGGAAUUGAGUACUUCGACGCAGGAGGGACUCAAGGAUAUUAUUGAGGAGGCCCACAAUGGACAAUUCGAGCCCAUGGACGCGGCGGACGAGCUGAGAGAGGAUCUGGCCAAACACGAUCGCCCCGUGGAUCUGGAGCUGCAGUUCGAGGAACGCGUCGGCAAGGUCCUAGCCGAGAAUGACCGUCUUACCCACGAGAAAAAAGAGUUGGAGAAGGCUCUGGAGGACUUGCACAACCGCCUGGCCCGUCUCCAGGAGAACAACGACACCUUGCAAAACCGCCUGGCCUCCACCGAGGACCGCUUGGUUACCCUGAAGUCGGGGAAGGGUGACAUUGGGUUCAACGCAAAGGCCUUGGAGAGCAAGACGCGCCAACAGGAUGAUUUGAUCGCUUCCCAGGAAGCUAAGUUGACUGCGGCACAGGACGAAAUAGAUAGCCUCCGCAUGACCGUGGAGUCCUUGCGGGUCAAGAACCAGCGCUAUCAGAAGUUGCAGGAUGACUAUGAUGAACUUCGCACCGAGAAAGACCAGCUCGCGCGCAAGGCAAACGCGGCCGAGAAAUAUCGUCAGAAGCUCCAGGCCAGUCAAGAUUUCGAGAAGGAAAACCAGACCCUUAAGAAUCAGAUCAAAGAUAUCCAGCAACAGCUGAAGGAUUCCGACUCACAGCAACGAUGGUCUGCCGAACGCGAUGUGGAACUAGAGGAAUAUCGCAAGCUGCUACCGCAGGUCGAGCAGGAGUGCAAUGAGAUUCAGAACUUGAAGAAACAGCUCGAGUUCAACAACCACGCCCUGACAGAGCGGCUAGAAAGUGCAGACGAGCAACACGAGAGAGACGACGCGCUGAUCAGUGAGCUGCGUGAACGCCUAGGCGAGAUUGAUGGCUUGCCAGGGAGCCCAUCUCCUGGCUCUGAAACGUCGAAGAUGCAAGGGACUUUACACAAGGACUUUGAGGCAAUCGGCGUGAAAGAGUCCCAACUCAAAUCCGAGAACGACGACCUGAAAAGGGAAAUGGAAUCUGUCAAACCCCCUUCUGCACCCGGCUCUCAUACUGGAGGCUUUUCUGAAAGCUUCGCUGCAUCUGUGCAGCUGGCACGCUCUGGAUCCUCGCAAAGCGAUGACUACUGGAAACUAUACGAGAAUUAUACUAGCGCACUCCAGAAAAUUGCAGAAGUGCAAGACACCUUGGAAACAACCAAGAAAGACCUUUCCGACACACAAGCCGAGCUUGGUCUUGUGAAUAUGGAACAGGUCGAGAUGCUCAAAGGACUCGAGGAACACACCUCGACUGAGCUCACGAAGAUACGGGGUGAUUGGGAGAGCCUGACACAUAACGUUCACCACCUGGAGGCUGAAGUGGACGCUAGCCAGACGUUGGUGCGUGAGGUUUGUGCAGAACGCGAAGAAUUGCGUAAGAUGCUUGACAACAAGCAAAGCGAGAUCAGUUCCGAAGACCAGGAAGUGAUGAAAGAGAUGCAAAUGCUUCUGGGCGAGUUCGAGAUCCACAACGGUGAGGGCGAAGAAGUACCGCAGAAGUCCAGCUUUGAGCUUCUGAAACAGUGCGCUGGAGUUCUGGAGAAGAACGUUGAACGGCUCGCCCAACGAGCAGAGUAUAUCCAGCAACAGAAUGAGCUCGUCAAGUCGCUUCGUGAGCGUAUGAAGAAUUACGAAGAGAACCUAGAUGACGGCAUCCCCAAAGAGCGCGAGGUUGAACUUCAGAACAUCAUUGAUAACCAAGCUCGGGAACUCAGCCUGGUGGGCUCAGCCUGGUAUCAUCUGCAAAGCCGUUGGCAGAACAACAACAUGACUGUGUCGCGAUACCGACAUGGCAGCAGCACAGGAGACUCCAAGGGCUGGCUGGCAAAGCAAAGAAAUGCUGUCGCUGGUCAGUAG